AUGGCAUUUUUAACACUCGCUGCUGUGUUAGCUGCUGUGGCUUACCUGACAUCAACCUACUUCACCUCAAAAAGGGCACCAGCCGGGCUUCGUAAUGUCCCCGUGGCCGGAAAGUACAAGGAUUUAAGCAAAUACCCCCAGCGGGAGUGGCGCAAAUGGGCCCAACAACAUGGAGAGCUAUUCCAAAUCCGACUCGGCUGGGAAAAUUGGGUUUUUGUGAACAGUCCAGAAGCCAUGAAGGAAAUCUUCAACAAACAAUCUCAACACACCUCCUCUCGUGCUCCAAGUCCCAUCCUAUCGGACCUGAUCUCAGGUGGCAUGCGGUGCGUGAUUGAACUUGAUAAUCUUGUUGAUGCCAUAUACACCGAAAUGGCGGAAACUACGGGCAAUCGCUCACCAACUUCUAACGCCCAAGUCAUCCAAUACAUUUAUGCCAUCGCAGGAGUUUGA